GUUUCGUACGGUUUCCGGUCUCCAAUACUGUCUCUUAAAUACUAAAGUUAUUGUUUGAGGAAUGAAUCGAAGAGGACAAUUUUGUGUGAUUGCAUCAGACUCGUUUGCAAGACCCUCAAUUCGUGACAGCGUAACAUUAUCAAUUAUAUAACAUGUAGCAGGAAAGGGCUUAAGGCAUCACAGAUUGCUCAGCCAGCGCAAUAUAGUGAACUUUCCGUCACUAAUGCACACAGGAAGAUGAGGUUGUUCGGCAGGGUAAGACCACCCCACCAUUCGUGUUGCUUGGCAACCAACCGUUGCUCCUGUGAUACUGUACCCGGUGCCCUCCGUAAUCGCUGUACCAAGAAACCUACUCUAUAUGUUGGAGAGAUGGUCGCUUACCGCUGGGUCGAAUUUGGCGUCCUACCUUCGGCGUCCAGUAUCAAACGUGUCCUUGCAAGUGCUGGUGGGACGCGGAAAAAAGGCCUAGCAAAAAGCAAAGGACCAAAGUCCAGAACUACGGGUCUUCUACCAUUUAACGUAUUUGAGUUCUGUUUCUGUCGGUUGGCUUUUCUGGACGAAUGA